UGUCAAAUUGAAUACGAGACACAAAUAAAACGUCACAGUGACUCAAUAGUUGAAGCGAAAUCGAAAAUAUAUAUAUGUAUCUCAUUUCAAUUAUCAAUUUUAUGUGCAAAAUUAAUGUGUGAACAGUUAAUUAUGCAUUUUGGAGAUUGAAAAACCAACAUUUUAAAUUGUUACACGUUCAUUAAAUGGUGGAGAUUCUAAGUUGAAAGGAGGUGCUAAUUAUUGCUGGCAGCAGAAAAUAGAAGAUUUUAGAAAUAAACAUAACAAAUUAAAGCAAUGAAAAUGAAAUCGGGAUUUCGAUUUCACACACAAUGGGACCCGUUGCUGUUAAUUGCACAGAUUAUAGCCGUUCAAUCAGUUCUGUACGUGAGUUUGGGUUUCAUUAUGGCAAUUAUGGAUGUUUUUGUUGGUGCGAAUCAUACUCUGGAUCAUCUCUUUCAAUACCAUGAAAUUCACGUCACCGAUUCAGGUGGUAGGUCGGUCAUCUUGUCAUUCGUGGUGAUUGCUUUUAUCGGUGCAUUAGUGUUACGAUUUAUAGUUGGUCGUACGAAACUAUGUUUAGACUUCACAUGUACAUAUCAUUUGAUUCAUUUGAUUAUUUGCUGGAUGUACAACGGUGCAUUUCCGUCAACAUUUUCAUGGUGGUUCUUGAAUGCAGUUUGUGCAACAGUCAUGUGUGUGGGCGGUGAAUUUCUCUGCCUUCGCAUUGAACUGAAGGAAAUUCCGGUCGGUUAUACACCGCUCGAUACAAAGGCUGACUUAUGAGAAGACACUCUUCCAAUGUGAUUUCAAGGCAAAUUGCAUCAGCAAAUCAACACAGAGACAAACGCUCACACGCAGAAAUAAAAAAUUAUGAGAAUCGUAUCUUUAGGGAUUAAACGUGAUAAUUUAUUGUUUAAAAAGAACUUUUUAGUCAAUAAGAUGUAACAUAACGAAUGAAAUAAAAUAUUUUCAUUACACACACUCACUUUCAUGAAGAAAA